AUGUCUACAAUUUCCGACUACGUUGAUCUUGGACAGCCUUUGUUCUGGUACGUGGUACAGUGUCUGCAGCCAGCAUCUGUUUUAAUCCUACCUUUUGGAAGUGAGCAAAUCUCAUAUCGAGUUUUGUCUCGGGAGAACGAUACUGACAACCUCUCAGCACAGCCGCAAGAAGAAGAGACAAAGAGAUCAAAGAACAAAGAAAUUGACAAGUUUUGCACACCAUCCANNGAGUACCACAACAAGACCAUCACCAAGCUAUUUGGCGGCAACUCGCUGUACGGCUGCUAUGCGCUCGCCGUGACAAUCUUCACCCUUGGAAUUGUUCGAGACAGCAUGUACGAGUCCUUUUUCUAUCCUNACGAACGCGCACUCCGAACUCAGCCCACCCACCCACUCCUGCUGGGCCCGGUCUCUGAGGCCAUAGCCAUUGCCUUGUUCGUAUCCGGCAACGUCCUCGUUCUCACCUCCAUGUACGCUCUCGGCAUCACAGGUACCUACCUCGGCGACUACUUUGGCAUUCUCAUGGACGACAUGGUGACGGGCUUCCCAUUCAACGUUUGCUCGGCGCCCAUGUACUACGGCUCUACUCUCAGCUUUCUAGGAUCGGCACUGUGGUUCGGCAAGCCUGCAGGAUUGAUCCUGACAGGACUGGUGUUCUUGGUCUACAAGGUCGCUUUGACAUACGAGGAUCCAUUCACUGGCGGUAUCUAUGCCGAAAGAGAGAGGAAGCAGAAGGCCGAGGGCAAGAAGGUGCGCUGA